CACCGUUUUAUAUAUCGUUCAGAAUAACAUAGAAACGUGCUUUCACCACGACCAGAAACAAACCCAAAUGUAUCUAGUUUUACACUAUGCGGCAUAGUGAUCUGGUUCGCUCACAACAAACGGGCUGCUUUUAGUUACCGUCAGCGAGCCUUUAACGUUUAGCACCGCUAGCUGGCUCUGUUCGGGAGGAGGUUACCGAGUGGCACAGGCAGCAGCCAGCGUUACCAUUGUCUGUUGUUGCCUCGGCCUGGCAUCAGCAACCCCCUUCUUGGACUGGGCAGAGGAGGCAUUUCAAGUGGUCUGAGCUGUGGCCUUGCUGCAGUACCAGGGUCCACCAGCGUGGGGCAGCAGAGCGAGGUGGGGCCAGGAGGCAGCAGUGAGUAGGCCGGGGCUGGAUCUAGCCUGGAGGGGCAUGUGUCAUGACCUCGGUGGUGCUCGUUGACAGUGGAGGGGCGGUGGUGGAGUAUAUGACCGCCGUGGAGGACCCUCAUCAGGAGGGAGAGUGUGAGGAGGGAGACGGUGAAGCUGAGGUAGAGGUGGAGGUAGAGGUGGAGGGAGACAUGAUGGAAGAAGAGACAGACGAGGACCUGGAUGAAGAGGAGAACCCAGCAGUGAUUGUGGAGGAGGUCCCAGGCAGGGGGCUGGAGCAGUAUUUCUCUGCCCAGGUUCUGGUAUACGAAGACGGGACCUACCUGAUACAGGACGUGGGGGAAGAACAGGAGGUGGAGACUGAGGUGGUGGAGACAGUGGAGGCGUCCGUCCAUUACCAACAGUCUGGCACCAGCAUCUACUGUUCUGAUAAGACCAUCGAGGCUGCCGAGGCUCUGCUGCACAUGGACUCUGUUACCAGCCUGAGAGGAGACCGCAGCCCAGAUGUGUUCAUCCCGGCAGGGUGUGGGACCACCCAGACUUCAUCCACGCGGCGAUGCGUCCAGACGUGAUGACCGAGACUGUGGUGGAGGUGUCUACGGAAGACUGUAUGGACGAGGACAUGGAGGUCACCCUCAUAGAGGAACCAGACGAGUCAGAGCCUGACCAACAUCCUGUCAAGAAGAAGAAAGGUUAGUGAUGAGGACACGGAGGUCACCCUCCUAGAGGAACCAGAGCCUGACCACCGACCUGUUAGGGAUGAGGACACGGAGGUCACCCUCCUAGAGGAACCA